AUGAACUCGCGAGAACGCCAGACGGUCCCUAUCGGCACCUAUAUUCAAUCCUGCCAUGUCCCUGGCGAGGUAGCUCUGACGUUCGAUGAUGGACCCGACAUGUACACGGACGAACUCCUCGACCUCCUUUCCUUAUAUAACGCAAAAGCGACCUUCUUCGUGAACGGCCUCAAGCUUUAUGGCUAUGAAUCGGUCAUCCAGCGCAUCGUCAGAGAAGGCCACCAGCUCGCCUCACACACGUACAGUCACGCCGACCUGACAACCCUCGGCGAUGAUCAGAUCACCGAGCAAAUGACCUCCCUCGAGACGGCUCUACAAGCGUCCACCGGAGUCAUCCCGGUGUACAUGCGACCGCCGUACCUCGCGGUGAACGACCAUGUCCUCAGCGUGAUGGCGGAUCUCGGAUACCAUGUUAUCGGCGCCAGUGUCGAUACCAAGGACUACGAGAACGACCAUCCGGACCUGAUCGGGCACAGUGUGGAGAAGUUUACGACCCAGCUUGACCAAGGGGGAACGAUUGUCUUGGCCCAUGACAUCCGUGAGCAGACCGUGCGGACGCUGGUUCGCAUCAUGCUGGACAAACUUGCUGAUAGGGGGAAACGACCAACAACUGUUGGUGCGUGCCUUGGGGACUCGUCCUACUAUCGUUAG